AAAAUUGUUAAGCGACUACGGUUCACACUGGACGCGAUUGGAGGAAAAUCCCACAGGAGAGUAGAUUCAGUUUGACCGACCGGAAUUUACCGACCCCGACAUCUGGAUAUGAGAGUUUCCAAGUUUUUGAGUGGAGAGAUUUUCGGGGCUCAGCUGAUCAUUGGUUGACCGGACAUGAAAUCGCCGUUUGAGAAACUGAGGAAUAUCGGACUGCAUAAGGCCUCCCCGAAGGGAAAAUGGGAUCAAAAGUUUUUGGUGCAUACGGAUGGGCUCACUCAAGCUGCAAAGGAUAUGAAAGACAUGAGAACUUGCUAUGAUAGCUUGCUUUCAGCUGCUGCUGCAACAGCAAAUAGUGCUUACGAAUUUUCGGAGUCAUUGCUGGAAAUGGGUAAUUGUCUGCUGGAGAAAACUGCAAUGCAUGAUGAUGGAGAAAGUAGAGGAGUAUUAUCUACGCUGGGAAAAUUACAGCUUGAACUUCAGAAACUAGUUGACAGCUAUCGAUCCCACAUUAUCAUGACAAUCACAAAUCCAUCAGAGUCUCUUCUUAGUGAGCUACGGAAAGUGGAGGUUGAAUCUCUUGCUAUCGAGAUGAAAUUGCAAUGUGACGAGAAAAGAGAUAUGUUUGAAUAUAUGGCUGGCCAACUUCGAGAAAAUGGGAGGUGGAAACAUGGUAAAGGGGAGACUUUCACAUCCCGACAAUUGCAAGCCGUUUGUGAAGAAUACGAUGAUGUUGCAAGGCUCUGCAUAUUUCGUGUAGAAUCGUUAAAGCAAGGGCAAAGCCGGAGCUUACUAACUCAAGCAGCUCGUCACCAUGCAGCACAGUUACAUUUUUUCCGGAAAGGACUUCAAUCUCUUGAAGCAGUCGAACCACGUGUUAGAAAUGUUGCAGAGAAGCAUCGCAUUGAUUAUGAGCUAUCUGACUUGAAUGUAGAAAAUAUGAAGGAUGAAUGGAACAGUUUCGAAAGUAAUGGUUAUGGAGAAAUAAGUUUUGAUUUCAGAAAAAACGAGCUGGAGCUGGAUAAAUGCUUCACGUUGAGGAACUCCGUGGAGCUGGAUCAGUUAUGCACUUCAGGUGCACAAAAAACUAAGAUACAAGCAGCUGAAGGGCAGAUAAGCAGUAAAGAGAAGCAAGGAGACGAUAUGCUGAGUCAGCGAUGUCAAGCGAGUAGUUAUUCUGCUCCAAUCUAUAAAGAAAAAUUUGACCUUGGCGAAAGAAUUAAAGAAAUGUUGUGUGCCAUGCCAAAAGUGAACAACAACACACAUGUCCUGCCCACUCCUUGUGAUGCAAAGGCCAGCGCCCUUUCAGGUACCACUACCCCAUCUUCUAGAAGCCCCAAAAACACUUGGCAUUCGUCACCUCUGGACACCAAGAAGCAAAACAAAUUUAUCAACCACCAUUUACUGGACCCGUGUGUUUCUGAAAAUCCGAAAACGUACAAGCACUUUCUUCCCCUGCCGACCGAAGGAGCCGACGAGCGUGAUACCAAUUGGAGAAUCAAAAGACAGUCUUUCUCCGACUCUUUAGCAAGUAGGCCAUCGUCCAACCAUAACCGUCUUCACAUCAAUGCCUCACCCCCGAUUUCCUCCUCUCCCAAGAUAAACGAGCUUCACGAGCUCCCCAGGCCCCCUGAUUCUUGUGGGCUCAAACUAUCUGUGGAAGCCCUCGGCCACUCUGCCCCAUUAGGUAAUCGGAAUCGCCUGGCGAGUGAAGGAUCCCCACUUCCCCUCCCACACCACACUGUUUCUACAACUUUCUCCAUACGCUCUAGUGGUCAGAGAGAGGUGGCUUCCCCUUCGGGCAAGCUAUUGCAGUCCGCUCAGGUUGUGCAGAAUAUGCAAAUUACUUCCCCUCCAUUAUCACCUCUGUUUUUAUCCAACUUGAGGUCACCCAAUCGUGGAGGGAAAUUGAAUAAUGCUCUCGUGCCACUUGGUUUUUCUGCUUAAAAAAUUAUAUUGAAAUGAGAAAUGCCAUGGGAAUUCUUUGUUUCUUGGAGUCUUAUGAGAAUAUAUAUCUUGGCUUCAGUGGGUGGAGGUGGCAGAUGAAUUACUGCGCGUUUGGCUGUCUGCUGUUUUUAUCUUUCAGUUUCUGGGGCUCAGUAUAUAAUGUCAGUUUCUUGCUGGGUAAAUGCAUGUAAAUAUAUAUAAACGAAAUUUUGUCCAGUCUUUCUAUUUCGUCAGUUGAUCAUAAGGUUGCCUUGCUCAACCGAUUCAUCUGACGACAUUCUAGUGUUAAGUGCAUCGACAUUUUGCUAUUAUAAAUGGUGUGGAAUGAGUGUUAAGAUAUUAGCGUUAACAAGCUGCUGUGGAAGAAUUGUGGAGCACUUCUGACUGUAUUUGAGACCUUUUUACUUGUAAUGCGGUUGUAUUUUGCCUGUUGUGGGUAAGGGAAUUAAGAAGAAAUCCCACCAUUCCGAACUCGAUAUUGCAUGCCUUGUGUUUAUUUUGUUCUGCGGAAUAUUUAAUUUACUAGCCGGGGUGGGUUUUACCUUGUUUGAUUGUUUGUUAACUGUGACACCAAUAAAAUUAUCAAGUA